UCUUGGCCCUUCACACCAGCUCCAGCACACAAAGUUCUUAAGAGUGGAUGCAAAUGCUGUUGUUUUAGCCAGCCUGCAGCGAUGGCCAUCCUCUUUGCGGUCGUAGCCAGGGGCUCCACGAUUCUGGCCAAACAUGCCUGGUGCGGAGGAAACUUUUUGGAAGUGACAGAACAGAUCCUGGCCAAGACCCCUUCAGAAAACAACAAACUCACCUACUCACAUGGCAAUUACCUGUUCCACUAUAUCUGUGAAGACCGGAUUAUAUACCUCUGCAUCACUGAUGAUAACUUCGAGCGUUCCAGAGCUUUCACAUUCCUGAAUGAAAUCAAGAAGCGGUUUCAGAACACCUACGGUUCUCGCGCACAGACGGCUCUGCCUUACGCCAUGAACAGCGAGUUCUCCACUGUCCUGGCGGCACAGCUGAAAUACCACUCUGAGACGAAGGGCAAUGAACAGGUGGCAGAGACGCAGGCCCAGGUGGACGAACUCAAAGGGAUCAUGGUCCGCAAUAUAGAUCUAGUGGCCCAAAGAGGAGAAAAGUUGGAAUUGCUGAUAGACAAAACUGAAAAUCUUGUGGAUUCGUCCGUCACCUUUAAAACAACCAGCAGGAACCUGGCCCGGGCCAUGUGCAUGAAGAACCUCAAGCUCACCAUCAUCAUUGCUAUAGUAACAAUUGUCAUAAUCUACAUAAUUGUGUCAGCUGCCUGCGGAGGCCUCUCAUGGCCGAAUUGUGUAUCGAAGUAGCCGUUGGAACCAGUUGGCCACAUACAAGAGCACACGUGAGCAAGAACCUAUGUGAAGGAAUGACCCUCCUAAAACAAACUCGGACCUCCUAGCUCUUCAUCCUUCCAGGACACUCAAGUCUUUUUUGCCUUAUCACCCCCAAAAGAGUCUGCAGCCCCAAGCCACAGCGGUGGCGUCUCUUUCUGUUAAAACCUACUUGAAAGGAGCUCUGCUGUCUUCAUUGCAGAGCUUCCUCAGGUGGGAGGAAGGAAGGCAGUUGAUGGUGGGAGGGUCUAUGCAUCUAUUUCUGUGUUAUCAUUGCUUUGCACUUUACUGUCCUGAGGCCCUGCUGGAGGGGAAUGGGAAGAGCUGAAGGUGACUUCAUAAUUUGGUCCUUGGGAGGGAAAGGAAACCACUGGACCCAAAUGGGUUCAUGUAUUCUGACCCAGGUAGAAGCGAUAACUGGCUCCCUCCUAUGCUUACUUUCCCAGUGGUGCCUUUCCUAAUCUCCUCUUGGGAUGUAACGUCCAGGAGGAGGAGCCCCCUUGUGACCUUUGGGGGGGGGGCUAUUCUGGGGCAUGGUGGUGAGGUCUCUUGUGAGUUCAAUGAAUGGCGAAUGUCUGUAAAUGUUUAUUGUUGCUGUAACAAUCUGCUUAUUUGUGAUUUUGAAGAGCUCUUCUGUUGUGCCUGAUUUCUGUGUGUAAUAGGGGGCUCAUCUUUGACUUCACUAGCUGGGGGGGGGGGGCAUUUAAUACCUGCCCUGCUGAUUAAAGUCCUAAAGGAAAAUGGCUACAAGAUGCACAAGGGAUACAGUUAUCUAAUACUGAAUAUAGGGAAGCCAUGGAGAAUAGCUGGGCAGGAGUAACUUCAGCUUUCAUGGGGGAUGGCCUUAAGAGUAGCUCAGAGGGCUUCCGGGAGCUGUCUGUAUUUACUGAAUGUUUCAUUUCAGAGCAAUGUGCCAGCGGUGGAUGAUUUCAGAAGUUAAGUACACACUGUUGUGUUGAGGCGUAAGGGCAACUUGCUUGAAAAGUUUUCUGUGGAAGACGGUAGAAUAGCAAGCAAUUUAUGAGAAAUGAGUGCUGAUUCAGUGUGUUUAAGUCAGUUGUUGGACACAUACGUUGUGUCCCUUUCUUCCACCACGAGCACCACUGAGGCAUUAACUCCACCGCCACCCAUGGGAAGGUUCUUAGAAGCCCAGUCUCCAUCCCCAGCAGGGCAUUCUUGACACUCACUGGUGAGCACUGUGGCUCGCCUCACCCAUUUCUCUCUCCCUUGGCGGAAAGGGUUGAUCUUCUGUCCCAGCUCUGACACAGGCUUCUGAAAGUGGCAUUCUCCUCCUGUUCUGUCCUUUGCCUCUCCCAGGCACAAGUCAGUGUUGAAUUAAUUGUGCAUGUUUUAAGGCUUGUUAUUAAUAAUUUUCUAUGAUUUUGGUUGACUUUAUGUGUUCUAAAAUAA